UUUAACCUUGGAGAUGAUAUCGUGAAAGUUGUAAUUGAUUGGAGCAAGCUUCAAAGCACAUCAGCACUUCAGCCAACAUUGCUCUUUAGUGCACUUCAGCAGCAUAUUUUAUGUUUGCAGCCUCUUCUAGAAAAACUCCAGUCAUUGAUUAAAGAGGAAAAUAUAGGCCAUGUUGAACCUGCAGGUAAAACAGAAAGCACUUGUGAAACAAGUUUAGAUGUUUAUGAUGGUAGCUGUCAGGCUGAAGAAAAAUACGCAAGUUAUGACUUGGGAGAUCUGAAGGAUGCUCAUAUUAAUUUUGAUCCAGAGGUGGUCCAAAUAAAAGCUGGAAAAGCAGAAAUUGACAGGCGGAUAUCAGCCUUCAUCGAGAGGAAACAAGCUGAGAUCAAUGAAAAUAAUGUCAGGGAAUUUUGCAAUGUUAUUGAUUGUAAUCAAGAAAAUAGCUGUGCCAGAACAGAUGCAGUUUUCACACCCUAUCCUGGAUUUAAAAGCCAUAUAAAGGUUUCUAGGGUAGUAAAUACAUAUGGACCUCAGACUAGAUCUGAAGGACCACAUGGGUCCAGUCACAAAGCCAAUGUACCCAUUCAUGAUUGUGGAAACCAAGCUGUUGAGGAGAGAUUGCAAAACAUUGAAGCACACUUACGGUUACAAACAGGUGGUCCUGUACCAAGAGACAUUUAUCAGAGAAUUAAGAAGCUUGAAGAUAAAAUCCUUGAGCUGGAAGGACUGUCUCCUGAAUAUUUUCAAUCUGUAAGCUGUUCUGGCAAGAGGAGAAAGGUUCAACCUCCCCACCAGAACUAUUCAUUGGCUGAACUUGAUGAAAAGAUCAAUGCUAUAAAACAGGCAUUACUGAGGAAAACAAAAGAAAGCAAGUCCAAGGAGGCUGAGCGGUUUCUUCGAUAAAAAAAAAAAGUCUUUUCAGAAUCCUCAUCAUGCUUUACACGUACCUAAACCAUAGGCCUGAGUAGUGCUCAUCGGGGAUGAAUUUAGCAAUGAAAACAAAGCAUGCAUAUAAGCUUCAUCAUUUGGGAUGAUCUGGAAAGCUUGCUUUCAGAAAAACUAAUUUAAACACAGUCUUAUUAAUGAAACAGUUACUUUAAAAUGAAGAAUGUUUUAGGAAUAGCAUUCUAAUAAUCCAUUCCCUUCUGUUAUAAAGGAGGAUUGCAGCAUUGUUCAUAUGUGGAAAGUCUUUACCUGCAUACAAAAACUACAUUUCACAUGUAAUUUUUGAUGACUGACUAUUCAAAAGGGUUGUUAUCUUUUGAAUACUUUUCAUGUAAGUAGUUUGCAUAGAGUUGUGAAAUAAAAUUAAA